UUUUCCAACAAUCUCGUCACUUUAACAUCAUGGCGUAGCGAUGUGGACGGACAGCCGGGGGUAGCACUGGUGGGCACGGAGAAGUUUAGGAACACAACCGUUGGAAUUUUUUAUUUUAAAUACAGGAAACUUACCAAUUCUCGUCGAGAGGAGAUUCGGUAACGGUUUUUUAUCAGCGACUGAAGAUGAUGUCUGAUGCCAGCGACAUGUUGGCAGCUGCACUCGAGCAAAUGGAUGGCAUCAUAGCAGGCUCCAAGGCUCUAGACUACUCUAAUGGACUAUUUGACUGCCAAUCACCUACCUCUCCCUUCAUGGGCAGCCUGCGGGCGCUGCACCUUCUGGAGGACCUGAGGAGCGUCCUGGAGUUGAUGGACACAGAGGAAAGGGAGAGUCUCCGCUGCCAGAUCCCCGACUCCACAGCUGACAGUCUAGUCGAGUGGCUCCACGGUCACCUGUCCAAUGGGCACAUCUCCCUCAGUGGGAGUGACCACUACCAGGAAAGGCUUUCCCGGAUAGAGACUGAUAAGGAGUCCUUGGUUCUUCAGGUGAGCGUGCUUACAGACCAGGUGGAAGCUCAGGGAGAGAAGAUCCGUGACCUGGACCUGUGUCUGGACGAGCACAGGGAGAAACUCAAUGCCACAGAGGAGAUGCUGCAACAGGAGCUCCUGUGCAGGACGGCGCUGGAGACCCAGAAGCUAGAGCUGAUCUCUGAAGUGUCCAACCUGAAGCUGACCCUGAACAACAUGGAGAAGGACGGGCUUGACUUUGACAGAUUUAGGGACAGUGAGGAUUUGAUUCUUGAAAUGAAUGAACUUCGGUACAGACUGACAGAGAUGGAGAGUGAAAAACUACAGUAUGAAAAGAAACUCAAAUCCACAAAGGAGGAGCUCACCAUACUGAGGAGGCAGCUGGAGGGCAGAGAUGGAGAGAUGAGGCGACUACAGGAUGAGACGGGCUUUAAAGUCGGCGCCUCGAGCAAUGCAGAGCUCACAGAGAGAGUCUCUCACCCAGACGAAACUCUUAGAAAGAGGCUGAAAGAGAAACAUGUGGAAGUGCAGAGAAUGAAGAAGGCAGUGGAAUCCCUGAUGGCAGCCAACGAAGAAAAGGAUCGUAAGAUUGAGGAACUGAAACAGUCACUGCUGCGUUAUAAGAAAGUUCAGGACAUGGUGAUGUCAGUGCAGGUGAAGAAAGAGCGAACCAAAGAUACCGAGCUCUUGGAAAGUCAAGGGGACGGAGUCAUCACAUUCAUGUCAACCAACUCUGUGUGUGUGGAGUCCGAACAGUCUGCAGUGACAGAUGUUGAACAACUGAAAAGGAUGAGUCCUGAUGAGUUGGAGAUCCUCAACGGGAUGAGCGAGGAGCCUUCACCCACACCAAGCCCUUCAGAUGCAGAACGAGUAUCAGAGUCUGCCCCUGCUGAUUUAGAAAGAAGCCAUGACACCACAAAGACUGACAACCAAGACCAGAUGGAUUGGAGCAGCGUUGAAAAGAACACAAGUGAAGAGAUCAGUAAGAUGAGUGAAAAGCCUCCCAUGAGUCCCUCUGCCACCCUGCCUGCCAACACGCAGGACGACAGCUUCGGCUCGAGGAAGGCGCGCUCUUCUUUCGGGAAAGGCUUUUUCAAGAUUCGCGGGGGCAAAAAAACAGCCAGCACCCCCAACCUAGACCGCAGCAGGAGUGCAAGUGCGCCUACGUUAGCGGAAACAGAGCAACAGGGCACCGAUCAUUUGGACCUCGCUGGGCUUCCACAGAGGUCUGCGAACAGCGACAGCACCCACACGCUCCCUACGACCCCAGAGGGCAGGAAAAAAUCCAAAGGGAUAAAGAAACUCUUUGGAAAGCUCAAAAGGAGUCAGUCUACAACAUUUGACCUUGAUGAUAACCUACCAGAGGGGGAGUUCAAAAGAGGUGGAGUGCGAGCCACAGCUGGACCUCGACUGGGUUGGUCUCGUGACCUCCAACGAGCCAACAAUGAUGUCGAUGCGCCCUUUGCACGCUGGUCAAAGGAUCAAGUUUGUGACUGGCUGCAGGACCAGGGUCUCGGCCUUUAUGUGAACAUGGCUCGUGUAUGGAUCCGCUCCGGUCAGACGCUUUUACAGGCCUCACAGCAGGACCUAGAGAGGGAGCUGGGCAUCAAACACCCACUGCACAGAAAGAAGCUGCAGCUGGCCCUGCAGGCCCUCGGCUCAGAGGAGGAAGACAAUAAGGGAAAGCUGGACUUCAACUGGGUUACGAGAUGGCUGGAUGACAUCGGUCUGCCUCAGUAUAAAACCCAAUUUGACGAGGGGAGGGUGGAUGGUCGCAUGCUGCACUACAUGACAGUGGAUGACCUGCUUUCUCUGAAAGUAGGGAGUGUCCUGCAUCACCUCAGUAUUAAGAGAGCUAUCCAAGUGCUUCGCCUCAACAGCUACCAGCCCAACUGCUUACGUCGCAGGCCGUCUGACGAGAACAAUAUUUCUCCAGCAGAGAUCUCGCAGUGGACCAACCACAGGGUGAUGGAGUGGCUGCGUUCUGUGGAUCUGGCUGAGUACGCUCCCAACCUGAGAGGCAGUGGUGUGCACGGUGGCCUGAUGGUUCUGGAGCCUCGGUUUAACGUGGAGACCAUGGCUUUGCUGCUCAACAUCCCCCCAAACAAGACGCUGCUGCGUCGCCACUUGGCCACACAUUACAACCUGCUCAUUGGAUCAGAGGCUCAGCAGCUCAAACAAGAGUGUCUUGAAAACCCAGACUACACUCUUCUUACUGCCACCACUAAAGUCAAGCCGAGGAAACUGUCGUUUGGUAACUUUGGCAGUCUGAGAAAGAAGAAGCAGGAGGAGAGUGAAGAGUACGUGUGUCCGAUGGAUGUGGAGAUGCCUAAAGGACGAAGUUUCCAGAAAGGCUUUGAGCUCCAGAUCUACGAGGACGACCUCGACAGGCUAGACCAGAUGGACGACUCUGAAGGAACUGUGAGACAGAUUGGAGCUUUCUCUGAGGGAAUUCAAAACCUGACGAGCAUGCUGAAAGACGACGAAUUCUUCAAAGAGAUUUCAAAUUCACCCAACAACAGUGUAACAGAUGAAGAGUCGAAUGCAUGAGACUGUGAGCACCGUGAGACCUGGUCCUGCCCCCCCACACACAGACUUUUCAUGACAAACCCCCAAAAUGCUGCCAGGUUUCUUUUUAAGAGUAACAUUCAGACAUCAAGUAUUACAGCGUCUACUUUCUUAUUUCAUUUUCACAGCGUGGUGUUGUGGAAGCCUUCGGUCCUGUAGGCUCCGUUACUCUUGAACUUGUUCUCUGUUUUUUGUUUUCUGAUGACAGAGGGAACGUUUAGGGCCACACCACUGCCUGUCUGCCAGCUGGAUUCUGGAUACUUUGUACUCGAUUGUGUAUAAGCAUCCUUUUAGGGCCGCCCUAACGGGAUUGAGUGAGAGAAUUCCAAGCAGCAGAUUUAAGGCAUCUUCAAUACAGCAAUAUCGAUAGAUUUUAAUAUAUGUCUUUUUAAAAUUGCCUUCUUACUGUAGAAAAAAUAAUGUACAUCCAAAUUAUUACAAGUAGGUGUAAAGUUGUAACUUUGAAACAGCUGCUAUGUUUGUUUUUUUUUUACAGAAUUUAACCAUGCUUAUUAAAUGAAAAGUGUCAUUUUAACUUUUUACAGGAUUUCACUUCACGAGUACAUAUCAUAUAAAACAAAGAGUGAUUAAUAUCAUUGCAUGGUUUGGAACUCGACACAUUUAUAUCAGAGCUUCUUUUAUCUUUCUUCUAAAUGUUUUUUUUUAAAUGUUUUUAUUUCCAAAGGGCUGGUUGGUUCAGAGUUGAGAUGUCUUCAGGUUCUUUUGAAAUAAUAUUGUAGUUUAACCCUCUACGAAAACAGAGAACACAUCUUUUUUUUACCUUCAUUCAUUUCUAAGACCAAUAAAAUAAUUUAAAUCUUU